AAAAACUUCAUUUAUAAAUACUAUCUAAAACCCCAAAAGUUUUCUUCAUACCUUCCCAAUUUUCUCUUCCCUAACACUCUCUUCCUCAAGCUUUAAACCCCUCAACAAUGGCGGAUUGGUCUGAACUCCCAUUAGACCUCUUACAACUCAUCUCUAACCUUAACUACACAUCCUCAAAUACCCGCCAUUUUCGCUCUGUUUGUUCUUCAUGGCGAUCCUCUGUUCCUCCUAAACCAUCCACCCAUUUUCACCCUCAUACCAUCAAAUUCUUCAGCUCUCAUCUCCAUCAUCUCGAUCUUCGCCUCGCCAAACAAACCAUUUUCCUCAUUUCUCUUUCCUCUGAUCCAAACUCUUCUUGGGUAAUCAAAACAGAGGAGCAAAAACUAGGGGUGUUUCACCUCUUAAGCCCUUUCUCUAACAAGAAUCUAAUAAAGAAUUCUAACUUCAAUAUUCUAGAACUUUCUAAUGUUAAUACUUUGGAAAUUGGCCAUGAAUAUGUUCUUCAUAGUAUUGGUGGGAAUGGUGUUGGUGAUUUAAGCUUGUAUAACAUGGAGAAUGAGAAAGUAGCUUGUGUGGGAGAAAAUGGUAAUUUUACUAUUUUAUCUACCCAUAGUUCAAGUGGUAAAUUAUUGAUGUACAAGUCUAUUUUGCAAGAAUGGGCUUUUUUGGAGGGUGAUGCACUUGGUUAUGAUGAUAGAAGUGAAUUUGUUUAUGAUUGGUCAUUGCGUUAUGUUGAUGUGGCAGAGUACGAUGGAAAAUUUUACGCGGUAACAGAUUAUGGUAGAACUGUAAUUAUUGAUUAUAUCAAUAAUUCUUCAGUAGUGGUUAGUGUAAUGGUUAAAUCGAUUACUGGAGGUGAUAAAAAAUAUUUGGUGAAAUCAAGUGAUGAAUUGUUAUUAGUAGAUUUGUAUACUUGUUCGGUUGAUGAAUCGUUAGAAGUAAACGCAAUCGAUGUUUAUAAGUUAGAAAAUGAUGAGAAAAAGUGGGUCUUGCUUACAAGUUUAGGAGGGCGUGUAAUUUUUUUAAGCAAAUAUCUUUCAUUUUCUACCUCUAAUGUGAUGGGAUUAAAAAGAAAUUGCAUAUACUUUUCCUCUAAGAAUUUAGGGAGAAAGUUUUAUGAGAAAAAGGAUCGAAAUAUUGAUGAUGAUUGGGAUGAAGAUGUAGUGAAGAGUAGUGAUGAGAUUGGAGUUUUUGAUUAUGAAAAGGGAGACUUUGGAUCACUUGAAGAUUCCAAGUGUUUUUGUUGGCCACCUCCUUCUUGGGUUAACAUGUUGAAAUAAGAAAUGUUCUUUAUUUUUUGGAAGCGUUAGGGAAUGAUAUGUACUUAGACUUUAGUCACUUAUUAGACUUAAUUGUACUUUUCUGUUGAAUUUUCUACGAUUAAGAGUGAAAUUACUAUAGCAUUCACAAUAACCUAUUUUAAAAUGAUAUGAAAAUAUAUAAAUUUUGAUUGGUGGCUAUUACUCUUAUAAUACUACAUCCUUUCAGAUAUUAAA